AUGGAAAGAUCUCGAGGUUCUACACCAUUUAAAUUCUAUGAAGCUUGGUUCAAGGAGGGAAGUUGCCUGGAGAUCAUCCAACAAGCGUGGACCUCCUCUGGUUCAAUUGACUCUAACGAGAAUAUUUCUAGGAGGUUUGAUGCAAUUCGGGUAGCUCUUCAAAGGUGGAACAAGAAAGUCUUUAGUGAUUGCAAUAAAAAACUCAAAGCCCUGGAAUCCAAACUGCUUUUGCUACAGUCUAGAGAGGUGAAUUCAAGAAGUAUUGUUGAAGAGGAAGAAGUGGAGAAGGAAAUUUCUAAACUUUGGGAGAAGCAAGAGCUUAUUUGGCGUCAAAGAUCUAGAGAGAUUUGGUUGACAGAUGGUGAUCGCAACUCCAAAUUCUUUCAGGCGUCAACUAUGGAAAAAGGUGAAGUUCUCAAUAACUACUUUAAGAGGUUGUUCUCUUCCUCUAAUCCUUAUUUUCCUGAGGAUCUUCAGGGCUUGAUUUCGGGGGAUAUUACUACAAGAGAGAAUGAGGAUCUUAUUUCUAUCCCCACUCAUGAAGAGAUUUCUGAGCAUUUUGCCUUUGUCCCUAGUAGGUGGAUUGCUGAGUCUUCUCUACUUACUCAAGAGUUGGUUCAUAAUCAAAUCGAAAAGGGAUUGAUUGCCAAGGAGCAAUCCCUUGGGAGGUUGAAUGGCAUUCGUAUUGCUCGAGAAGCUCCGGCUAUAUCCCAUCUGAUGUUUGCAGACGACACUAUCCUAUUCUGCAGAGCCAAUGAGAAGGAGGUUGAGUCGCUGGUGAAUUGUAUGAUGAUUUAUGAAAGUUGGUCUAGGCAACAAUGUAGUAAACUCAAAUCGGGAGUCCUCUUUUCUAAAAAUUGCUCUCGGGCUCUUCAGAGAAUUUUAAUGGAUAAAUUGGGUAUCGGAUUGGUUAAAGGAGAGGAGAAACACCUGGAGAACCCGUUCCUUUUCUCCCGAAGCAGGAAAAAGGAUUUUAAUUUCCUCAAAUCUAAUCUUUGUAAACGGCUUGAAGGAUGGCGUAUGAAGACUUUGUCUACUAUUGGGAGAAUGUGGAAAGGCCGUAUUGAUAGCUCUAGAUUCCUGGCAACCAAAACCUGGGAUGUGCUUUGCCAACCGAAAGGUUGUGGAGGUCUGGGUUUCAGGGGAUUCAAUGAUGUGAACAAUGCCCUUCUGGCCAAAUUAGCCUGGUUUCUGGCGGAUAAUAGUAAUAGACCUUGGGCUGUUUCCCUCAAAGUUAAAUACUAUCCUUUGGAGACAUUUUGGAGUGUUCAAGAACGCUCAUCAGAAAGUCCGGUGUGGAGAGGAAUUUUGGAGGCCCGAAAACUAAUCUGUGAUGGAUCCUGCACUAUUAUUGCUAAUGGCGAGGACACUAAUCUGUGGUGGCAGCCAUGGAUUCCGUGGAUGGAGUAUGAUGAAUUCAGAGAAACUAUGGAGGCUAUUCGUUCCAAAGCCCCGUCUUUGCGCUGUGUUGCAGAUCUUAUGUUUAGAAGUAACAAAACUUGGAACCAUGGCUUCCUUGAGUUUCUGUUUGGCUACGAAGUGGGGGGUUUGAUUAGCUCUAUUCAAAUCAACACUCAUGCGGAGAAGGAUGUGAUUAUCUGGAAGAAUUCUGAUGCUGGUGCCUUCUCGGUUAAAGGAGCCUACCUGAAUAAUCAGAGGAAUAGAUUUGCUGAAAAGAAGGAGCUAUGGAAGUGGUUAUGGGAAAGGAAGCAGGAUAGUCCGAUUGCAGCAGAACUUGAAGUCAUCAAACUCGCCUUACUUUGGGCCAAAGAGAAGAAUUGGGAGGACGUGUGCAUCUUCACUGACUCUCAAGUUAUUGUGAAUUCCUUGCUGGAGGAAUCUUUUUCGAAUUGGAGAUCCAAAGAUGCUAGAAGUUUCUCCAAGGAGCAUCUGAAUUGUCAAGGGGAGGGAUUUCCCUGGAUCAUGAACCUUUUAUCGGUUUAA